CCAGGGCCCCCUGUUGGUUCUCAGCUCCCAGGCUACCCCAAGCAGCUGCUUGCUUUGCUGGUGCCUAGAGGCACCCCUGGGUCUGUGUCUCAUGAGUUUUGGGGUCGCCCAGGGCCCUGGUCUGAUUUCUGGGCAGGAUUCACAUCUCAGCCACACCGGAGUCACUGCUGCUUUGGGCAGGCUGGGAGUGUGGUUGGGCCAAUGGGAUCAGCCUCUGCCUGCCUGUCCCUGGGGGCUGCUGGGGGAGUCCAGGGCAGCUCAUUCUUUAGGUGAUGCCAUCAGAGGGCUCCUGCUGCUCCUAAGGGAGAGGAGUUUACACGGCAGUGUGGGGAAAUCCCCUAAAGUGGCCCCUUUAGUUCUGCUUUUUUUCUAGCAUUUGGCUCAGAGAUACUGUUACUGGGACGGUCUGAAGAGCCUGGGGGGAAACCGGGGUGUGACAUGGACUCCACCCCCUUCUGUAACCUCCCCCAUCACCCCUCUCGCCACGACAGGCUGAAGAAUCACAUCCACCUUUUGCCUCACAUGGGUCUCUCUUCCAGGAGACAGGGAAGGGAAAUGUCUGUGAUGGAGCCAGCUCAGGUAGGGGAUUUUCAGGGAGCUCCUGGGCAGGGGCAGGAAGGAGACAGUGUGUGAUAAACCUGCUGAUUUUCUGAGUGGGCCCAUUGUUGACGGGGGAGGGGAGACGGGACAUUCCUCAAUUUCUCAAAAAUGAUAUAACCCCCUUGCACAAGGCUCCCAGUGCUGGAGUGAGACCCCACUAGUCUGAGGCGGCUGUGAAAUACAAACGGAAGCUGUUUUGAUUCCUGUCCCUGUCCCUGACUCAGAGCUCUGCUUUCCGUAUCAGCCUGUGGCUGGCAGGUGUGUGAGAAAUGAGAAGACCCUGCCCUGCUCCGUGUGCUGGGUAGGACAAGGAGCUCUCACCUUCUCCCCACCCCCUGAAGCCUCUUGGUUGCUCUAAGGAGGAUGCGGGUGGGAUUCUGCUACUCUGGCCCUCCCAGAGCUUCCAUUUCUUCAUCCUUCCUCUCUUGUGACUAGCGAGAUUGUGGCUGGAGCAGCAGGUGCUGAGUGGGGGACUUUUGGUGUUUCAGAUGCUAGUGACCUUCGAGGAGGUGGCUGUGUAUUUCACCCAGGGGCAGGGGGCUCUGCUGGACCCCGCUCAGAGAGCCCUCUACAGGGAUGUCAUGCAGGAGAACUACGAGACGGUGACCUCGCUGGGAUUCCCCUUUCCCAAACCUGAGCUGAUUGCCCGGCUGGAACGAGGGGAAGAGCCGUGGGUGUCCGAUCUCCAGGACUGCAAGGAAAGAAGGCUUCCGAGAUGCACCCGUACAGCAGAUGCUGAGCGAGGGAGUGAGAAUGAGGAGGGGAAUCAUUAUGAGGAAGUUCCCGGGGAAGUGGAACUGCAGGGAACCUUUGUGGGAAGAGCUGAAGGGAAUUUUUCCCAGUGCUUGGAGCAGGAAGAAGGCUGGGGAAACUGGCAGAGGUCAGAGAGGCUUCUGGAAAACCACCGAGGGAAGAGAGUGGAUGAAUCUAUUAAUGUCGGGGAAGGAGACAAGGAUCCCAGAGCACAGCAGACAAAUCCCAAGGAAGAGACACCCGGGCACUACCCUCAGUGUGGGAAAGAAUUCAUUGUGAGAUCACAGCUUGUGACACAUCAGAAAAUCUGUGCUGGAGAGAAACCCUUUCAAUGCUUGGAUGAUGGGAAAAGCUUCAAUGAGCUCUCAGAUCUUAAUAACCAUGGCAGCAGCCACACUGGAGAGAAAACCUGUCAAUCCCUUGAGUGGGGGAAAUGUUUCAUUUCGAAGACACAAAUAAUUAGACAUCAGGCAAUCCACACAGGAGAGAGACCCCCACAAGUGCUUUGACUGUGGGAAAAGUUUCAUACAAAGGUCAGACCUUGUUAAUCAUCAGGCAUUACACACAGGAGAAAGACCUGACAAGUGGUUGGGCUGUGGGAAAAGUUUCAUAUGGAGCUCUGUCCUCAUUAAGCAUGGAAGAAUCCACAUAGGAUCUAGACUUCUUUGACACAUGGCAAAGAAGGGUUAAGCAACUUGCAUGUAAUUGAUUCAGGGUCAAAAUUAUAGAGAGAUUUUAAAAGUGUGUCCACUUUAGAUAAGCUAGAGUUUGAAAUGUAAAUGUGUAUUUUUAAAGACUUGGAAGAAGAGGGCAAGUCACGUAUGAGUAACCUAAUUGCCGUCUAUGAUGAGAUAACUGGCUCUGUCGAAGAGGGAAAAGUAGUGGAUGUGUUAUUCCUUAAUUUUAGCAAAGCUUUUGAUAUGAUCUCCUACAAUAUACUUGCCAGCAAGUUAAAGAA